AUGGACGGCAGUAUCGGUGGAAACAAUGGAGCGUAUUUAAUGGCUUUUGCAAAUUCUGCUAAUAGAAUAGAUCCAACACUUUUGAAUUAUGAUAAUAAUGUUUCUAUACAAAAUGCAAUUAACAAUUAUAUAUCGUCAAAUUCUCCACAUUCACAACGUUCUACUACCAAUAAUUUUAAUACUAUGGCUUCUGCAAUUUAUUGGAGUGAUGGUGCUGCUACCACUGCUCCCAAUGUUAAUACUGCUGGAAACUCUGUGGCAAUUGCCGCUGCAUUACAACAAGCUGCUCGUAUUUCUAGAUCAUUACCAUCACAAUACUAUACUACCAAUCCACCAAUUCAUUGUGCACCUUCUACAUCUCAUUUAUCUCAUUUAAAUGAGAUCAAUAACCUUGUUUCUAUUGGCGAUAAUCAAAUUAAUACAGCCGUGAACAACUCGAUUAACAAUAAUUCUAUAAACAAUUCAAUCAACGAUCAAAUUAAUUCGAUGGGCUCAAUAAAUUCAAUGAAUACAACCACAACAAACAGUUCUUCACUAGAUUAUGAUAAUAAUAAUCCUGUUAUUAAUCAACUAUAUACUACUAUUACCACUAACAGAGGUAGGCCACCAUCAUCACCGGCUACCGAUGCAAAUAAUAAUAGAAGUGGAAAAAAGAAACGGGGCCGUAAACCCGAAUCUGAUUACCAUUUGUUAAAUUCAUCAUUAUCGUCGUCUACGACUGAUGUGAUUCGUCAGGCUGAAAUUGCACAAUGUUCUAAUUGUGGUGUUCGUGAUACUCCAGCUUGGAGACGAGAUUUACAAGGAAUAUCUUUACUUUGUAAUGCUUGUGGAAUUCGUCGGCCAACAGAAUUAGCUCCAGAUGGAACAAUCAGAUUAAUGAGAACUCAACGUCUAGAACCAGAAUUUACUUGUAAUAAUUGUGGAAUACGCAAUACUCCUUGUUGGAAAGGACCUGAAGGACAAAAACUCUGUGAUUUUUGUUCGUUCUUUCAUCCACCAAAUUCAUGUUCAAAGUUUUAA